UCCACAACAAACCCGGAAAAGGAGAGCGGACGAUUAGUGUAUUGCAAAAACUCAACUUCGCUAUGAAUCCCUGAAAUAAACACAAUUAUGGUAAUUUCGUUACAUGUAUAGGGUUUUAAACUCUUUUGGUCAACUUUCACGUCGAGGAAGUCAAGGGUGAAGCCUGAAAGGACAAUGCUAGAACACUGGGAUGAUAACAAAUGUACCACUGGCGUUUAAACAUGAAAGAACAACAGUACCUUUUCUUACGAAUACCUUGCGUCUUUCAAAAUGUGGCAGCUUUGCAAUUUAUACCAGCAGCUCUUCUGUGUUCUCUGUGAAUUGAGCUGACUCUGGAACAGUGGUUCUAGCACCAAAACACAAUGGCCAGAAUAUCCUGGUAUCAAGAAAAGAUAGGAGCCUACGAUCAACAAGUUUGGGAGAAGUCGUUGGAGCAGACAGACCUGAAUUUAAAUGGUUUGGACAGCAAGCCAAGGAAGACCGGUCACAUCAAGUCAGACCUCAUUGAUGUCGACUUAGUAAGAGGGUCCACGUUCAGCAAAGCCAAGCCAGCAAGUCCAUGGACAGCGUUGACUCGCAAGGGUCUGGUCAGAGUGUUGCUGUUUCCUUUCUUUUUUCCGUGGUGGAUCCAGGUCACCUCCAAAUCCAUCUCCGUUUGUAUUCUGGUGCUGUACUUCAUGCAAGUGGCCGCAGUACUACUCUACAUGGAGGUCCCCAGUGCCAGUGCCAGUGAGGUGUUUGGGCCUAUGUGUCUGAUGCUGCUGCUGGGCACCGUGCACUGCCAGAUUGUGUCCACCGAGUGUAGCCGGUGGCCCUUGAGUGGUCCAUCUGCUAGCAAUAGCAUCAGCAACAGUCCAGCCCGUAGGAGGAGGCCCAGGAAGGGCAGAGGCCAGAAGAAAUCUGACGAGAAGAAUGAGAGCGAGGACACCGAGCAGCGGGGCUCGUCACAGUUAGAGGAAAUCCAGCAAUUGAACAGAAAAGACGAGAUAAGGAGCAAAAGAAAAUCAGGCUUUGGAGCGUCUGACGAGCUCUCUAGUGAGGAAGAGGACGGAGUGCAACCAGUGGAAGUUAUUCAUUCUCCACAGGAAAGAUGCCCAGCCGGGCCCUGGCUGCCACCCGCACUGCCGUCUUCUGUGAGGUUGAGGAAGUCCAACCCAAAAGCUGCAACGAGGCCUCAGCAGGAGGGCGGUGGGGUCUUCAGGGUGAAGCCGCGUGAGGUGGAGCGCCUCAGACCAAGCGUGGGCUCCCGUUUGGCCUCCGACACUGAUGACACCAUGUGGGAGGAGCUUCUCCAAGGUUCAGACUCUGCCUCCACAGGAAGCAGCGACAGCGACGAUAACGGGAGGUUUGCUGCAAGCUUGGCGCUCCAGCAGACCACCACGCUGAGUAGCGAUGACGAGAGCCUACAAGGCAUCACAGGACACCAGCUGUCUUGGUUCCAGGCGUGCCAUCCUUCCAAGGACCGCGUCAGUGCCAUAAUAUGGGAGCAGGGCGAGUGUAAGAAAGCAGAUAUGUCCGUGUUGGAGAUCAGCGGGAUCAUCCUCACUCGGGUCAAGCUAGCAGAGCAAGGCGUGGGCUACCUGGUGUUCGGCGGGCUGGUGACCGCCACGUUGGCGCUUUUGCCCUUCGCCUUCCGCUUGGCCCAACGUCUAGACAUGUCCAGCCUCUGCUCGCUGUCGGCGUCCGAGCUGGUGGAGAUAGUGUUCAGGCCGGCCAGUGCUCACGCUUACGCCUUUUUCUUCAUCACAACGGUGCUGAGAGUGUGUCUCACCGGGCUCUUCUUCUUCAUGAUGUGUGUGGCUGAGAGGACAUACAAGCAGAGGCUUUUAUUCGCCAAACACUUCAGCCACCUCACGUCAGCCCGCAAGGCCAAAAAGUCGGAGAUCCCUCACUUCCGCCUCAAGAAGGUGCAGAACAUCAAGAUGUGGCUGUCACUGCGCUCCUUCCUCCGGAGGCGUGGCCCGCAGCGCUCCGUCGACGUCAUUGUAUCCACCAUCUUCCUGCUUGCCCUGUCGAUCUCAUUCAUCAUCUGCGCACAGCUUUUGCAGAGCCACAAAACCUUCCUGGACUCACUGACCAACUGGGAGCUGAUGUUGUGGACCUCGUCGCUCAUUCUCUUCCUGCUGCGACUCGCCACACUGGGAUCGGAGACCAACUGCAAAUAUAGCAACUCCUCUGUGCUGCUCACUGAGCAGAUCAACUUGUAUCUCAAGAUGGAGAAAAAGCCCAACAAGAAAGAAGAGCUCAGUAUAGUGAACAACGUCUUAAAGCUCGCUACUAAACUGAUGAAGGAGCUGGACACUCCUUUCCGCCUUCUCGGUCUGACCGUCAACCCGCUCAUCUAUAACAUCACCAGAGUGGUCAUCUUGUCGGCCGUGUCCGCCGUGGUCAGCGACCUGCUGGGAUUCAACAUUAGACUGUGGAAAAUCAAACCUUAAUGUGAACACGCCAAAAAGCACUUAACAUACCCGGAAGGUCAGACGCCGGCCACCUCUCGCCUUCACUACUCGUGCAAACCUACUGACCACAUGUCCAUCACACACUUAACACCUUUGACCCUUGAAUG